ACCAACAUCAGCGCUUUGAACGCCAAACACGCAUAACGCCAAAACUUGUGGGCGUCCGCCCCGCUUUGAGGAAUGGCCAGCCCCACCCCGUUGCGUGCCGUGUUCGCCGGUACGAUGCCGCGCCAUCGAUCGGGGCCGUGGUUUCCAUAUUAGACUGCCCCAGACGCAUAGGUACAUAUCAUAGCUUCUGUCUGCUGUUUCCCAUCGAUCACUUCUUUCUCCUUCACAGCUUCCAUCCCACUGAAUUUUACCCCGCCCCCUCGCUGCCCCGCCUCGCGAGCCAAACGAUCGAACUUCCCACAACCGACCACUGCUACCACUAGUUAUACACAACGAUGGGCCGCGACGUCGCACCCACCACGGACGCUGCCGGCGGCGGCUCCGCACCCGCGACAAAAGCCGACCUGAGCUCGCCGCUGCUGCAAAAGUGCAUCUCGAAGAUCCACGACAAGCUGUCGUCGAGCGAGCUGGCGCGCCUGCAGCUGCGGCCGGACUGCUCGCUCUACGAGUUCUCCGAGUACCUCGCGCACCCGGAAAACUCAAUUCUCGCGCUGCCAGACCCAGCGAAGAAAGACUGGAGCCAUCCUUUCAAUGAGUACUUCAUCUCGUCGUCGCAUAAUACCUACUUAGUGGGACAUCAGCUGUAUGGCGCUUCUACUACCGAGGGGUAUGAGAAUGUUCUUGUUCGUGGUGGUAGGUGCAUCGAGAUCGAUGUGUGGGAUGGCGAUGAUGGUGAGCCGGAGGUGUUCCAUGGCUACACCCUCACCAAGGAGAUCAGGUUCAAGGAUGUCUGCAAGGCUAUCAAGGAGUAUGCGUUCUCCGACGUUGAGGCGGAGCGAUACGGAGGGGCUGGGCAGGGACCCAUCAUCAUCUCGUUGGAGUGCCAUGCCGGUAUCCAGCAGCAGAAUAAGAUGGUCGACAUCAUGAACAAAGUCUGGGGUGACAGUCUGGUGAAGGAUAUUGAGCCUGAGGAUGUCAACAAUCUGCCUAGUCCUGACGCUCUGCGUGGUAAGAUCCUCGUUAAGGCGAAAUAUGUUGCUCCCGAGAAAGCACCAGCAGAAGCAGUUGUUGCUGCGGCCAACCCUGCCCCAAGCAAGCCUAGAUACGACACUUCCUCGGACUCGUCGGACAGCGAACUCGAAGCCCUGGCCGGCCAGGCCAAACAGAAGAAGCCGAAAAAGAGCAAAGUGAUCCGGCCGCUCGCACGGCUGGGUGCGUACUGCAGCUCCCACCACUUCCCUGGUAACACGUAUCCCCAACCUUUCACGGAACAUCCGACCAGCCGCCUCGCCAACCACGUCUACUCCUUUUCGGAAAAGGUCUUCGCCAAACACCACGAAACAUACGCCCAGGCCAUCUUCGAGCACAACAAGAAGUAUCUCAUGAGGGUGUACCCCUUCGGCCUCCGCUUCUCGUCGAGCAACGCAGAUCCCACCGAGUUCUGGAAGCGCGGCGUGCAGCUGGUCGCGCUCAACUGGCAAAAGUGCGACGAGGGCAUGAUGCUGAACGAAGGCAUGUUCGCGGGCGAGGGCGGGUACGUGCUCAAGCCGCCCGGCUUCCGACCGGGUGAUGCACCACCGGUCUUCCACAAGCUCGACCUCACGAUCGAUGUGAUCGCGGCCGCGAACCUGCCCAUGCCCGAGGAAGACGACAAGGCCAAGAGCUUUGAGCCGUACGUCAAAGUCGAGGUCCACACGACCAACGAGAACGCGAAGUCCGCCGACGUCAAGCGAAAGACUAAGGCGAAGCGCGGCAUCGAGUGCGUCUGGGACACUACCCUCGAGUUCAAGGCUGUCGAGGGCGUCAUCGAAAAACUCACGUUUGUGCGCUUUAAGGUGCAUGACGAGGAGCUGGGAAGAGACGAUCUCGCCGCGUGGGCCUGCAUCAGACUCGAUCGCCUGCAAGAGGGCGUCAGGCUCGUGAGGUUGUUUGAUAACGAGGGACGACACUCGAAGGGGGUCAUUUUGGUUAGGGUCUCGAAGAGGGUUUAUUAGGAUAGGAUAUGAUACCAUAGCACAUAGCACAUAUGUAGUAGCACACGGAGGAUCUGUCUUUUGCGUAGCCGUUGUUGAAUCGAAUUCCACUUGAGUGGGCACACUACUGCUUAGCCGCAAGCGGAGAAAACUACUCUAAGCGCUGCAGGGCCUGGUUAAGCUUAUUUCGACUUCUCGCGACGCGUGAAGAAUUAUGGUGGGUUGGGUUGAGUUCGUCCGAG